CAACAGAGGACAUGGGGAAAGGGAGGGGAAAUGGAGGGGAGGAGAGAGGUAACGCUGCUGGAGACGAGGGGGACAGGGAGAGGUGGAGGGGUUUAGACGGAAAGGAGGGCAGGGGGAAAGGGAGAGACGGGCAGGGGGAAAGGGAGAGAAGGGCAGGGGAAACGGGAGAGAACGGCAGUGGGAAAGGGAGGGGCAGGGGGGAAGGGAGAGGGGGGCAGGGGGAAAGGGAGAGGAGGGCAGGGGGAAUGGAAGAGAAGGGCAGGGGGGAAGGGAGAGGAGGGCAGGGGGAAAGGGAGAGAAGGGCAGGGGGAAACGGAGAGGGCAGGAGGAAGGAGAGAGGAUGGCAGGGGGAAAGGGAGAGAAGGGCAGGGAGAAAGGGAGAGGGGCAGGGGGAAAGAGAGAGAAGGGUAGGGGGAAAGAGAGAGGAGGGCAGGGAAAAGGGUAGAGGAGGGCAGGGGGAAGGGGAGAGAAUAGCAGGGAGAAAGGGAGAGGAGGGCAGGGGGAAAGGGAGAGGGCAGCGGGAAGGGGAGAGGAGGGAAGGGGGAAGGGGAGAGGAUGGGAGGAAGAAAGGGAGAGGAGGGCAGGGGGAGAGGAGGGCAGGGGGAAGGGGAGAGGAUGGCAGGGAGAAAGGGAGAGGAUGGCAGGAGGAUAGGGAGAGAAGGGUGGGGAGAAAGGGAGAGAAGGGCAGGGGAGAAGGGAGAGAAGGGCAGGGGGAAAGGGAGAGAAGGGAAGGGGGAAAGAUAGAGAACGGCAGGGGGAAGGGGAGAGGAGGGCAGGGGGAAGGGGAGAGGAUGGCAGGGAGAAAGGGAGAGGAGGGCAGGGGGGAAGGGGGAGGAGGGCAGGGGGAAAGGGAGAGAAGGGCGGGGGGGAAGGGAGAGAAGGGCAGGUGGAAAGAGAGAGAAGGGCAGGGGGAAGGGGAGAGGAGGGAAGGGGAAAGGGGAGAGGAUGACAGGGAGAAAGGGAGAGGAGGGCAGGGGGAAAGGGAGAGGAGGGCAGGGGUAAUGGGAGAGAAGGGAGGGGGGAAAGGGAGAGAAUGGCAGGGGGAAAAGGAGAGAAGGGAAGGGGAAACGAGAGAGAAGGGCAGGGGGAAGGGGAGAGGAGGGCAGGCGAAAGGGGUGAUGAUGGCAGGGAGAAAGGGAGAGGAGGGCAGGGGGAAAGGGAGAGGAGGGCAGGGGGGACGGGAGAGAAGGGCGGGGGGAAAGGGAGAGAAGGGCAGGGGGAAGGGAGAGAAGGGAUUUUGGGGAAAGGAAGAGGCACAUCUGAGUCUAUUGUGAUUAUAACAUCUCUCUCUCAU